CGUCAGAAGGAACAGCGCCCCCUUCGGAGCCCAGGCAGGGAGGAGGGAGGCGCGCUUGACAGCCGGAAGAGCCUGCUCAAUCCCCAGAGGGAGUCAUCCCGGAACAGCCAGCCCCCAAGCCAAAGAGCCUGCCAAGGCUUAGCUGACCGGCUUUGGGCCCCCUCGGCAGCCGCCACCCUGGCAGGAGCCAGCGCCCGAGGCGGAGGCGGCUGGGCCGACCCCGAGCCCGACCCCUCCUCGCUGGCGGCGGAAGCCAUGGAUCGGAAGAGGUGGGAGUGCUCUGCCCUCCCGCAGGGAUGGAAAAGGGAAGAAGUGACGCGGAAAUCGGGGCUCUCCGCUGGCAAGAGCGAUGUCUAUUAUUAUAGCCCGAGCGGGAAAAAGUUCCGCAGCAAGCCCCAACUGGCCCGCUAUCUGGGCAGCUCCAUGGAUCUCAGCACCUUCGACUUCCGAACAGGGAAGAUGCUGAUGAGCAAAGUCAACAAGAACCGCCAGCGGAUGCGCUAUGACUGCGCCAGCCAGGCCAAGGGCAAACCGGACCUCAAUACGGCGCUCCCCGUCCGGCAGACGGCUUCCAUUUUCAAACAGCCGGUGACCAAAAUCACCAACCACCCCAGCAACAAAGUGAAGACAGACCCCCAGAAAGCAGUCGACCAGCCCAGACAGCUUUUCUGGGAGAAGAAACUGAGUGGCCUCAACGCGUUCGAUAUCGCUGAGGAGCUGGUCAAAACAAUGGAUCUCCCGAAGGGUCUGCAAGGUGUGGGACCUGGCUGCACGGAUGAGACCCUCCUCUCAGCCAUCGCCAGCGCCCUCCACACCAGCACCAUGCCCAUCACUGGUCAGCUUUCGGCUGCCGUGGAGAAGAACCCUGGCGUUUGGCUGAACACCUCCCAGCCCCUCUGCAAGGCCUUUAUGGUGACCGACGAAGACAUCAGGAAGCAGGAAGAGCUGGUCCAGCAAGUGCGGAAGCGCCUGGAGGAAGCCCUGAUGGCUGACAUGUUGGCCCACGUCGAGGAGAUUGCGAAGGAUGGAGAGGCCUCACUGACAAAAGUUGGGCCUGAAGACGGCGAGGAGGAAGAGGAAGAUGAGGAGGAGGAAGAGGAGGUGGAGCGUGUCCCAGAGGUGGAGAGCGUAUAGUCCAGAGGUCUUAAGAUGGUGCCCUUCUGUUGGAACCUGUUCUGUCCACAUCACGAUUGGCGACCCUCUUCUUCCGAAUCCAACCUGUGGACAGGAGAACGCCGUCUGCGGAAUGCCCUGAUUUGGUGAGACGCUUUUUGAACUCUGUCGCCGAACAAAAAUCCUGUCUCCGAACUUCGAAUGAGGGUUCGGUUUCAUCUUGUAUGUAUUAUUAAUGACUCUUGGAAUUGGGGAAGUGGCUUCUUCUACUUAGGGGGAAUCCUUCCCAGUCCCUGUUUUUCUGGGGUUUUAGAUACUGGGUUUACGGGGAGGGCGUGUUUCCUUUUGCUUGUCUUGCCUCAUUGCGAAAACGAUCCAGAACGGACCAUCAGCCCUUCAGAAUUGGACUUUGCCUUCAAUAAAUGCUUGGUUUUGGUGAAUCAGGGCCAGGAUAUUGGCAAUCCUGGGGUGCUGAUGGCCUCUUUUUUAUGUCACUCCUUUUUGCCAUCUUCAAGGCAUUGGAUCUUGUGGUGCCUCCCCUUUCUGUAUUUACAUUAUUGGCACUGAAUUGCGUUACGGUUUGCGUUACGGGGAAGCGACUCACAAAACUCCAUGGCCCCUUCUCACCCUAUUGCAAUUUUGUGAUUUGUUUCCCAUUUCGGAUUCUCCCAGAUGGAGGGAGGGAUUGACUUCGUGAAAACAUUGCUUCUGGAAUGUUUUCAAGGGAAUUUUUUAGCAGUCUGUCUCAAUGAAUAAUAAUGUAAAUGCCAUUGGUCCCAACUUGUUUGUUCUCCUUUGAGGAGAAUGUCUUUCCUAAACGACUCCCAAUAAAUUGAGGAAGUGGGUGUCCACUGCCCCUUUGGAUGCUCACAUUCGAAUCACUCCACCUUCGGCUUUUUGGAAACGCCGACCAUCCUUUUUCCGUCUUUUCAGCACAUUUGUCGAUGACAUAUUUGUCUUCAUGUAUGACCCCCUUGGAGGGAAUAUGGGUUUUGUAAUAAAAGUGAGUAAUAAAGCGGAUUUUUUUUAAAA